AUGUUUAUUCUUAGCAAAAUAUCAAUUUACAAAAUGAUGCAGAUACAUAGGGAGAAUCAACGAGAUCCUUCUCGGGAACAGGAAAAUUUGUUUGAUAAAUAUAUUUUGUCUCUUUUUCAAAAGGAGAAUUAUCAAAGGAAAAACACUGCCUUGCGGUUGAAGACAAUUCGACGGGGACAUAACCCUAGGAAUGCCAUUAACAUCAACGAUGUGCUCACGCCGAUCAGGUUGAAAAUGAAGAAGAAACGAGGGGAGACUGUAACAGAUGACUCGUCUGGCUCACCUCUGGCGCAGAAGGGCCUCAACGCGAAAAGGCCAACAACGAAGAAUGGGAAAAAUAUUCAAGCGAAAUGUGGAAAGGUGCGCGAACUGGUGAAGGCGAAGAAGGCUAUUCCGGGGGAUGAAGUUAGGCAGAUCAGGCAAAAGGUGGCUAUGGGGGGCGUGCGUCGAAAGGAGAAACUGGAUUUAACAGCAAAGAAGGCGAACCAGUUAUCAUCAAAAGAGACGGACGUAUCCCGAUCACAAGAGAUGGCCCAUCUGCGCUCAAACACUAUGAAGGCUUUACGCGCAAAGGCAAUGGACGAACUGUACGUACGGGCGAAGGAAAAGAUACGCCAAAAAAACAUGGACGAG